CAUUCAGAACUCAAAAAAUCACAUUGUAUCUGUUUGAAAAGAAAUUGUGCCUCAUGUGAAAAAUCACAUGUAUGUAUAUUCGUUUUACUUCUAUAGGAAAUUAAGGCUUAUUCAUACUGUUCUAAGUAGCCAUAUAAAAUGUGCAUAUAUAUUUUAUCAACAGAUGUCAACCAUAAUGUCUGUAUGCAGUAUGGUAUUGUCGAGUCUAGGAGGAGGGGUGCUGGCACUAGCCAACUCUACAUGCCAUCAAGAUCAGACUUCUACAAAUAUGCAGUGGAGCAUUUCACUUCUAUUGAUGAAGUGGUUCUUGACGUUGGAGACGGACUGCUGGCAAGGGUUGCAGCAGAAUGUGGACGAAAUGGGAGGAUGGUAGAGGAGACAACACUGUCCAGCACAGAAAUAGAGGCCAUGAUGGGUGCUGCAGACUCGGAGGAGAUUCUAGAUGCAGAUCUAGUAUUAAGCAUGGACCAGACGUGUUCUAUACCUUAGUGCAUUUUGUUUCUCUCGUUUCCUCACCUCGAUCACUACCUCAUUUAGUUCUGAAAAAUCUUGUUAAGAUAUGUGACAAACUAACGUUUUUAUGUAAAUAUUUUUAUACAGAUAUGGCUGGUAGGGUGUUUAUAUAUCAUUCUUUUGGCCGCUGGAGUUGUAUUUUCAUGAGGGAAAAUAAAACUCCUUUAGGUAGGCUAAAGAAUAUGUAUUACAUACAUAACAGGAAAUAUCUAUUAUAAUAUUAGAUAACCUUGAUUAAGACCAAGUCAUGGUUUUUACAUGAAAGUCUGAACACGAACAGUUUAAUAGAGUCUGAUCUACAGUAGAUAUCCAUUGUCUUCGCCUUUCUUCUCUGUGCUUAGCUGUUAUUAACGAAUAUUGUUGAUACAUGAAUACAUUGUCUUAGCUCAAGCGCGUAUGCUCCUACUGUUAUCGUUGACCAGCUGGUCAAUAUAACCAUCCAGAUGACCGGGCGUGAACUGUUAACAAUAAAUUGCAGUCCCCAUAUCACUUGACAUGCUGUGGACCAAUCACACCUUAGCAACUCUCUGAGCUAUCUAAUACAAGUAUUUAAGUCUAUGUGUAGAUGUGUUUUUAGUUUAGUAGAUAGGUGGCUGGACUACCGAUCAUUAGGUACAUGUAUGUGGUUCAAAUCUCGGCCACUUCACUAAGGUCUAGCUUUGGCAAGACCUUAACAUACAUUUACUACACUCAAACUAUGUUGUACCAAAAUAUGUAGCCUAGUUAAGGUCAGGUAACAUACAUGCAGGAGCACCUUGCUAUAUAGAUGAGCGCUAUACUAGAGUGCAAUAUUAUUAUUAUUAUCUUUUAUUAGAGCAUAUUUUUGUCUUGCCAAGUGAACUUGAUUACUUUGAAGGUAAUUUCAAAGGCACAGGGUUGGUGAACGUGACUCGUCACCUUAUUUAUUUUUCUAAAGCAUCAACACAAAAACCCACAUAUUAUUAUUUUAUCAAGGAUAAAAACUCGGGUCACAACUAUUGGGCCCUUGAUUUUGUUACCAUCUUGUCAAAAUGAAACACUCGAUCUAACUCAUUUCCAAGCAUCAGAAGACGGUUGUUGAUAUCAAUGAUGUAGUUGGAAGAUCAUAUACUUCAAAGUUAUAAUCAAGGAAUUAUCAGAGCUGGAGUCCAAACUGAGGAUAAUUUAUGCAAACAUCUGGCAGAUUCCAAAGGAUAGUCAAUAGAAUUAUUAAACUGCCUUGGUUCUUUGAUAUUUGAUGCGCGAUGCCACCAAAGUAAAAGAAAACAUUUUAGAGAGGAUGUGAACUUUGUGGGUUUUUGUUUGCACAGUUGAUUUAUUAUAUCAAUAAACAUAGAAAACAAAUAGGCAAUUGUUUAGUAAUUAUGUACGAUGCCACUCUGAAAAUCCCAUUCCUCAACAAGCAAGAUUUCUUGAGAUAUUGCCUUAAGAGUGUAAUAAAUAUGUACUGCUUCAAGUACAAUAUUGAUCCCUUGCUGAUUGCUUUUCUGAUUUUCAUAUUUUAUAUGGUACUAUCAAGAAAAUAUUUCUAUUAAAUUAAAUCAACCAGAGUAAAGUCCACAUGUGUCCACUCAUGGAAUUAGCAACUUUAAAUCUUGUAUUUUUGGACGUGUAUCUGUUUGCUUACACCUGGUUAUACCAUUCAUGAGCACUUUCUGUGUAACCAAUUAUCAUUAUAUUGAAUACCUUUAAUUGCAUAUGUGCAUCCUCUGUAGCAAUACUGGCCGCGGGUGUUUCAUCGUUAGUUCUUUUGAAUCAAUGUGCAUGUAUUCGGAGAGCGCAUAUAUAUUUGUCGUGGUUGUUGUGGCAUUGAGCCUACUUCAGAGGAAAUUGUUAAGCUUUUACUCCAGCUGUAAUUACUCCUUGUUAU